CCACACAUUCACAGGCACAUAAACAAAGAACAGGAUAAAUACAUAAUAAUAAUAAAAAAGAAAGAAAGAAAGAAAGAAAGAACAAGAAAGAAAGAACAAGAAAGGAAGAAAAGAAAAGAAAAAGAAAGAAACAUUGUUGUUCAACAUCAUUUUUCAUCUCUUGCAUCAGCGUAAUUUUUUUUAUUUUAUACACUUGGUCAAACUGUUGCUGUUCACUAUUCACUGUCCAUACUUCACUUUUAUCACUGCAUUAUCCACAACCCUUUUGUCAGUCAUCAAUCUACUGUCUCACAACCUAUUCAUUCUCUCCACUCUACCCUAUGGAAAACCCAAAGUGGGCAGCUUCCCCUGACCAAUCGCUACUGUUGAGAUAUGGCUCUCAUGGAUUAGACGAAGACGAGGAAGAAGGAGAAGAAUCCAAACUAGAUCUGACCUUCGAUGCCAUUGACGCAGAUAUCAAUCUUGAUGAAUCUGCAAGGAGCAAUUCGCGUCCAAAUGCUCUUGGUGGGCACAUGAGCUCCGCAGGCGUGACAGAUAUCACUGAUGGUGCCAAAGCACGGAAAACAAUUGACCGCUGGAGUAGCACGGCUGGAAAACCUGCGACAAUGACUCUAAAGGAGCAGGAAAAGAUCAUUGAUGAGCUUAACAAGCAGAACUUCAGUUUGAAACUCAAAGUGUAUUUUCUGGAAGAUCGACUUGCGAAGCUGUCACCAGAGCAUGCAGAUCAAGCUGCUCAUGAGAACAUUGAGCUAAAGGUCAAGCUUCAAACAUUACUCUCAGAACUAAAGCAAUACAAACGUCUAUUGAUGGAGGCUCAUGCCGCCAUUGAGGCUCUCCAGGCGCAAAAAAACUGUGAUCUUCAACACGGCAUGUCUGAGGAGGAAGAGGAGGCUUAUCGAAAUGCAAUUGCAGAUGCGUUGGAGCUGAGGACGGCUAUGAAGGAACUCGCGGAGCGGAUAGAAGCAUUGGAGCAGGAGAACCAUGCCAAGGAUUUAGAGCUUGCACAGCUGCGAUCUCGUUUGGAGGAGCUCGAAGAUCAAGCAGGGAAUGCCGAGCAGCUCAAGGAUUUGACCGCAAAGUACGAAGAUCAGAUCAGAGACUUGCAUGAACAACUCUUGAGAUAUCAACAGAACGAAUCCCGUCUACCGGAAAAGGCGCGUGUGGAUGACGGCUGGGAAAAUAGGUACAGGGAACUAGAGCAAGAACUAAAUGCUUCUCAUCAAGUUCGGUCAGAACUUGAACAGGAGCUCUCACUGAUGAGAUCUGAGAAGGCUGCAUAUGAACAGGAUAUGAAUCUUCAGAUUGAACAACACAGGGAUGAGCUUUCAAAGGCCAGGCUUGAUAUUGCAGAACUUUCGCAUCAGUUGGAAGAUGAAAGAGAACAAUUGCGCCAGGUUCAGGAUAUGCAUACUAACGACAUGAAUGCGCUAUCAGAUCGUUGGACGCUAGAUCGCCAACAGAUGCGAGGUCAGAUUAAUGAUUUGAACAUCGACCUCGAAGAACUUCGUAAGAUGAAUGAUCAACUCGAAGCCCAGUUACAAGAUCUAAUGGCAUGGCGUAAUGAAGAUGCUGCUCGACACGAUCAAGAGCUUGCGGAUCUUGUCGGAGAGCUAGAAGACAAGACAGCGGAAUUAAUACAACUACAAGAAGAUCUCCAGAGCGCUAACGGUGCGCUGCAGUUGCGGGAAGGCAAAAUAAUGGAGCUGGAGGACCGUUUAGAGCAAAUGGAAAUGGCCCGGCGUGAGGCUGACGCUAUCCAUGAUGAAGUGAUUACAAGGAUGAAGUCGAAAAUGCAACCGGGCUCUUCUGCCAACUUGGCUGCCGAAUCAGUAUCACUUCAUGACUUUCAGAUGAUGCGUGAAGAGUUGGCAUUAAUUGAAGAGCAGAACCGGAAACUUGAGACGCAACUUCGUAUUGAGAUUGACCAAAGGAUGGCAUCAGAGAAGCUACAGCGCGGUCGCCAUCCCAAUAAUUAUCAGCAAUGGGACGAGGAACGUCAGCAAUUAGAGAGAGGAUACAACGAGCGGAUUGAUGAGUUGCAGGAUAAACUCGCCAUGGCUUCAGAAGAAAUUUCACAACUUGCGAACGAUUUGAAAGAUCGCGACAACGACGUGCGGUAUUAUGAGGAACAUCUCAAGCGUGCCUUAAGACAAUCGCGAGAGGUAGAAGAACGUCACGAAGAAAUGGAAUACAAGUUGAAUUCGGACUUGGAGGCUACUACAGCUGCUCUUUUGGAUAUCAGGCAGGAAGUCGAGCAGAUCAAGGCAAACCGGGUAGAAAAGAAUGAUCUUCUUCAUUCUCGCUCUAACGAAGUGGAUCGUUUGAACGUUAAAACAAGAAAAUUGAAUGUUUCCGUCGCUGCCCUUGAGGAGGAAAAGGAGCGGCUAGAAACAGCCCUUCGCGACAGUGCAGCUACUAUUGCGAUGAUGAAGUCACGCCUUAAGGAGCUGGAGCUUCAAGUCACUCAGAAACAACGAGACGAUGACGUUUUGGAAGAGUCCACUAAGAAUGAUCUCACUGAGCGAAACUCACUCCUCCUCACUGUUCUACAGCACCUCGAGAGUAUUCUCGGCGGUGAUAGUCAACUGGACAGCGACAUGCUCCCGAAACCUUCCGCUAAUUUUGUUUAUUUCACAAACCAUCUAAUCUCACGUCUCAAAUCCCUCAGCAAGCUGUUCAUCUUAUUUGAAAAGAAGGGCAAGGAGCUAGAGGACAAAUCAAUCGGGCAGAUGAAUCAGUUGAAAAAGCAACUAGAUCUCAAACUGAAGCAACUAGACCGCUUUGAGACUAUCGUGCGCACAGCAGCAGAUCGCCAACGGAAAUGGCGCGAGCAAUUAAUCAAGAAACAAACAGAGAAUGAGGAGCUUCAGUCUAAAUUGCAACAGCUGACAAAGACAAUUCUAGAGCUCAAGGCUUAUGCGGGUUCUGUGUCUGAUAGUCGAGCACAAGACUAUGAGGCUCGUUGCAAACAUGCAGAGCGCAAACUUCAGCUCGAAAAGACGCGCUCGAUGGAUGCGGAAGAACGAUGGAACGCACGACUACGUGAGCUCGAAAAGAGAACUAAAGAAGCAGAGGAACGAGUGAAGCGCGAGCGCCAGGGAGCUAAAGAGAGGGUUGCUGGGCUUUCGCGUGAAAAUGAGAAUGCUCAAAAGACUAUAGAUAAUCUACAGCGCAAAAAUGCGCAAUUACAGCAAUUGGUCGAUAUUCAUCAGAAAGGCAAGGAAGAAUCCAAUGGAGCCACAGGCUCAUCACUAUAUGCUUCGGAGCAACUAAACCGUCAAAACUCUGCUUCUUCAUUGGUACGAUCCGCAACUGAAGUGGGUCUAUUCAAAAUGAAUGAUCAACUUCGAAAUGAAUUGGAACAACGGUCUAAAGCAACAGAGAAGGAGCGAGAAAAGACGCGUUCAGCGUUACGAGAACUUGAUGCAGCGAAUGCUCAAUGCUACCAACUGCAACAACAAUUGAGUCAACGUGAGAAUGUCAUCAAAAACACGUUAUCACGUAUUGAACUAUUGAGCCAAAGGAGAGAAAUAGCUGAGAGUGUAGCUCUACGUCAGGCAACUGAAGAACUAUAUCAUUUGCUUGAUGUCGACGAUGCCUGGGAUUAGGCUCCGAUUAGCAAACAUCAGCCAUUGUUACGAUUCAUUUUUCACUUUAAAGCCUUCUGUAAAUGUAUACAAUGAUUAUUUAUCGACACCUAAUGCUUCUCCUUGUUUUUUUUCUCAUGGAAUGAAUAAAGUAAAAU